GAAAAAUAAAGAAAAAAAAAAGGAAAAAAAAGAAAAAAUGUCGUUCUACGAGAACAAAAAAAGCGGAAUAUAGUGUUUGAUGAAUUUGAUAUUUUUCGUUUAAAAAAAAAAUGUCGUUCAUGUUCCAACUUCCAACAUUACCGUUUCUUCCAAACACCAAACAAAGGUGAACAAUAGGGUAAACAGUUCCCAAUAAUUUUUCCCCUUUCCUCGUUUUCUUCCUUUUGCGCACAGAUAGAAUGGAAACCCUGUGAGAGGCUUCUCGGUUCCCUGUUCUGAACGCACAGCAAAACCCUGCUCUUGCGCAGAGGGAGAAGAGACCUUCUCCGCCUGCCCUGGUUCUGUAACAGAAAAUCCUUCUCUCUCGCAGAGGGAGAAUAGAAUUCCUCUACACUCCGCCCUGGUACUGAAGACUGGUAUGAUUUCUCAUACCUUUUAUUCUCUCUUUUUGCUUCUCGACGAGCUCAACAAAGAAGAUUAUGGCUUCUCGUUUCCAAGCAGCAUCACUUGUUGCUUCUCCCUCUUAUCCAAAUUCCCUUGCAUGGUCAGAGGAAAACCUAGUGGCUGUUGCUUCUGGACACCUUGUCACUAUAUUGAAUCCGGCGUUGCCUUUUGGACCUCGAGGACUGAUUAACAUCCCCCCUGCAGAGCCCUUUCCUAUUGGAGUAAUAGAAAGAGAAGAUCUACUUACUGGAUGUUUAAUGCCCACAAUUUUAUCGCGUGACACUCGUUUUUGUGUUCGAUCAAUUUCAUGGUCUCAUCCAGGAUUGGCUCCUAACUCAGGAUGCUUGCUUGCUGUUUGUACUAGAGAAGGUCGUGUGAAGCUUUAUCGUCAACCUUUUUGUGAGUUUCGUGCUGAGUGGGUAGAGGUAUGCAUCAGGAAAGCAUUAUUUAGUAUUAAUAUCAAGUGGCGAAUAACAUUCUUACCUUAGGCUCCAUCUACUCAAGUGAAAUUAAUCUAAAAAAGAAGGGAAGUGAGAUUAAUCUUUAAAAAAAAUGGAAAUUUUUGUACUCAUGAUUGCUU